AUGUUCUCGUGCGUCGUGGCCGGUCGGCUGCCCCUCACAGCGCCGCAGCAGGUCGACGACACCCACGCCGUCUUCCAGCUCGACGACGCCCAGAGCAUCAACCACAUCACCCUCUUCCUCACCGGCCAGCAGCCCUUCCCGCCCGGCCUCAGCGCCACCGUCCAUUUCCUCUGGCCAGGAGACAACCAGCAGUGGAUCAUGCUCGGAUGCCUACGGAACACGAAACCAUCCGCCAUCUUUCGACUCCGCGGCUCGGCCAUCCCCUCUUCAUCCACCAGCGGCGGCGCAUCCUCCCUCUUUUCCGCUCCCAACGCUGCCGCAUCGUCCAACUUUGCCGGCGCCGGUGCCAGUGCCGGCGCCCAGAGCGUGACGGCCACGUUGGGCAUCAGCAUCGAACCAGACGACGUCGUCGAUGCACAGAUGGCCGCCCUUUCAGCACAGCAGGGACAGAACCAGAACGGGUCUCACGGAUCAGCGGCGGCGGGAUCGUCCACCGCCCUCGUACCCGCCCGCAGCGCCCCAUCGGCCGACCCCAACACGGCAGUCGAUAUAGCCCUUGCUCUCGCUCCAAAGAUCGCCAAAAACGCCUUUUCCUACCUCUCGUCCUUUGCCCCAGACUCGGCGCCCCAGACGGUACCGCUCCUCCAAAAGUGGCUCGAACAGCUCGAACGCAAACUACGAUCUCAGGGGCCCGACUUCCUCGACAAGGCCGAGUAG